UGAGUCACAUAACCCUUUCAACAUCUGUUCCACAGAGUCUCAACACUUUCAGAGAAGAAGAAGAAGAAGAUCCCGGAAAAUGGCUACGGCGAUUGUACGUUCAGCUCUUUCCCGAGCAGCGAUCCGCGUUGCUCCGAGAACAUCCGUCGCUCCUAAGCGAAACUUUUCUUCUUCCGCCGGCCAUGACGAUGCUUAUGAAGCUGCGAAGUGGGAGAAGAUAACUUAUUUGGGUAUUGCUAGUUGCACUGCUUUAGCCGUCUAUGUUUUAUCCAAGGGCCAUCAUCACGGCGAAGACCCUCCGGCCUAUCCGUAUAUGCACAUCCGCAACAAGGAGUUUCCUUGGGGUCCAGAUGGUCUGUUUGAGGUGAAGCACAACGAAGGGCACUGAGUCUUGCGUGUUCACAAUAACGUCUUCUUGGUUUAUUUGAAAGGCUAAAAUGCUUUACCGUAUUUGUUCUUAACUUCUGUAAUGAUUUGCUACUCUCCUUUCUUUUGUUGGGAAAUAAGAGUUCAAACUUUGCUUGGUUUUUGUCCAAGACUUAUGUUUCCUUCAAAUCUCUUGUGAUUCAUUCUCAAUAAAAAGGAACUUCCUUAA